AUUUCCAGAUUGCCCCAUCUCAAAACACCCCCUUCUCCAUUUCUUUCGUGCACACCCAAAGUUCUCUACUAAGCCUCAGCUUUCAAGCAAGGAAGCCAAAGAAACCCCAUAUCCUCACUUUUCUCUCUUUUCCUCUUUAGCCAUGUCUGAGUAACGCUAAUACAUAAUAUGUUCGCUGUUCAGGCAGAUAAAGUUGUACCUGCUGCAAAAGAAGAUGAGAAGCCUGGGUCUUCUGAGAGUAAAAAGUCUUCUGCCUCCACAGAAGCGCAAACAGGAGAGACGAGACCAACCUCUGCAGCUGCAGCUGCAGCUGGGCUUCAAAAUCCCUUUGAUUUCUCAGCCAUGACUGGACUGCUUAAUGAUCCAAGUAUUAAAGAACUAGCUGAGCAGAUUGCAAAAGAUCCUUCAUUUAAUCAGAUGGCUGAGCAGCUUCAGAAGACCUUUCAGGGUGCUGCUGUGGAAGAAGGUAUCCCCAACUUUGAUAGCCAACAAUAUUACUCUACAAUGCAACAGGUUAUGCAAAAUCCUCAAUUUAUGACGAUGGCUGAGCGACUUGGUAGUGCAUUGAUGCAGGAUCCAUCUAUGUCCAGCAUGCUUGAGAAUUUGACAAACCCAUCACAGAAAAACCAAAUUGAAGAACGAAUGGCGCGCAUCAAAGAAGACCCAUCACUGAAACCAAUUUUGGAAGAGAUUGAAAGUGGAGGUCCAGCUGCAAUGAUGAGGUAUUGGAAUGAUCAAGAUGUUCUAAAGAAGCUAGGUGAAGCAAUGGGUUUUGCUGUUGCAGGGGAGGGUGCCUCCUCAGCUGGAGUUUCUGGGCCAGAUGAAACAGAAGAAGCAAAUGAAGAUGAAUCCGUCGUUCACCAGUGUGCCAGUGUGGGUGAUGCAGAGGGCUUGAAGAGUGCGGUAGCUACUGGUGCUGAUAAAGAUGAAGAAGAUUCAGAAGGAAGGACAGCAUUGCACUUUGCAUGUGGAUAUGGGGAGGUGAAAUGUGCUCAGGUCCUUCUUGAGGCUGGGGCAAAGGUCGAUGCUUUGGACAAGAAUAAGAAUACUGCCCUGCACUAUGCUGCUGGAUACGGAAGAAAGGAGUGUGUAGUUCUGCUUUUAGAGAAUGGAGCUGCUGUUACUCUUCAGAACUUGGAUGGGAAGACACCAAUAGAUGUUGCCAAACUCAAUAACCAGAACGAGGUCCUUAAGCUGCUCGAGAAGGAUGCAUUCUUGUAAAUCGAACUAUCCCAUCUUCCUGGAUGUAUUUUGAGAACUCAAGUGAUUGCAUCAUCGAUAGUUGAUGCAUUUCCCAUGUUAUCUUUGCCAUUGUAUUAUUUAUAUAUUUUUUUCUGGAAUGUUUUGUAUUUGUAAGCUUACACAGUUGCGAUGAAAGUUGCUUAUUUUGCAUCC